GAAGGAGUGAGGGACGGACGCCGCCACUGCCGCCGCCACCGGGUGGAAGAGAGGGAGGAGAGAGUUGCCGCCGCCGCCUCUCCCGCCUCCCUUCUCCCCCUUUUCCGAGGGGGGCAGGCUGCGCAUCCCUUAUGUGUCAGGGGCGCUUCCCGAGCUCCUUCCUUCCCGCCUGCCGGGCUCGGGGCGUGAGGAAAGCCUGGGGGUCCCGGGAGGAGGGGAGAAGAGGGGCGUGUGUGUGUGUGUUUUCCUCUCCCCGGGGGGAGAUGCCUGGCGAGGCGGUUGUCACUGCCCCGGGUAAGGGGCGGUGGUUGGGGGGCCGGUCUUGACUUUUGACAGAGGCCUGGGCCUCUGGAAGGAGGCAUCCCCGCUGGGAUGCUGGGCUAGACAAGGCCCCUGUUUGCCCUAUUACAUCCCCGCGACCCGUGGCAUCCCCGCGUUCACACAUUACUGGCCCCUUUGCCCAUGGGGAACGCCCUUUUCUUCCCUUCCCUUGUCCCGUCGCUCCCGAGCUCACCCCUCCCCAUUGUUUUAUUUGGGUUAGGGUGACAGAGGAGGAGGAGCAACAGCGAUGCCCCCCAUUUGGGGCAAAGGAAGCAGAGGAAGGAGGCUCUUUUGUUUCCAUUGGGGCCUUGUGUGUGUGCGCAUACCACCUCUUUUCUCCCAACCUCCCAAGGUGGAAAAAAAGAUGCCUUUGUGUUUGCUGGAGACAAGGCAGACCAAGCCGAAGGAAAGGAAGGCAGGGAUUGCAGGCGUCAACCAUAUGGAAACAAGGCAAAGGGCCUCCCUCCAUUGGUAGUGAGGAGCUUGGGUGGGCAGCCUGUGGACGUAUCGCAGGCAAGGCCCUCUUUUUAUUGGAAGCUGGGAAGUCUGGCUCCUCAGUGACAGCGUAAAUAGAGGGCUGAUUUAUUUAUUUUACUGCCUUCGUCAGACCUGAAUCUGCUUUUGAAAUGAAGCCGGCCAGCUCUUGUGCACAUGAUAAAAUGGUUGCACUGGCUUUUUAUUUAUAUACAUACAUAUACACACACACAUUAUAUAUAUAUAUGAGAGAAAUAAGAUAACUGCAUGAUGGUUGGCGAUCAUAACAGGAGCAUGAUGAGCCCUGCUAAAACUUGGGAAAGUUAGUCAACUUCCGUGGGCAGCGGGCAAGAUUAUUAUACUGUAUGCACAAGUUGUAUUCUCUUGAACAGCUAUUUGCUACAUCCACAUUCAGUGUCGGGAUCUAGUUCUAGGCUUUAUGAAGUUUAUUGCCCUGCCUUGCUAAAAUCUGUUUGCUGAAUUGCCUGUGCAACUCUUUGUUGACAUUAAGGACAUAAGAAGAGUCCUGUUGGAUUAGGCCAAAGGCCUAUCUAGUCCAGCAUCAUUUUCUCACAUUGGCCAACCAGAUGCCUGCAACAUGAGGGUAGUACUCCUAUUUCACUCUUGUUCCCCAGCAACUAGUAUUCAGAGGUGUGCUGUCUAAAAUGCUGGAGGUAGCAUAUAGCCAUUAUGUAGCCAUGAUAGCCUUUUUUCUCCAUUAACUUUCCUUAUACAGUCAUACCUUGACAUCCGAACGCUUCGACUUCCGAAGGUUUCGACUUCCGAAGUCGACAACCCCGGAAGUCUUUUCGCUGUGCGCAGUCUGCGCCUGCGCGGGGUCAGCACAUGCGCAGAAGCACGAAAUCGCGCUUCACGCAUACGCACAAGCGGCGCUUUGUCAUCCGAAAACCUCAACUUAUGAAGAUGGCCGCGGAAUGGAUCGUCUUCAUAAGUCGAGCAUUGUCACUGAUGUUGCAGUUGGUGUGAAGAGAGGAUCUGACGAGCUUCUUUCAGGCAGUGUACUCAAUAGUCCGAACUCUAACAUGAGCAGCAUAGUAGUUACUGCCAAUGGUAACGACAACAAGAAAUUCAAAGGUGAAGAUAAAAUGGAUGGGGCUCCUUCUCGUGUUCUUCAUAUCAGGAAAUUACCAGGGGAAGUGACAGAAACAGAAGUUAUUGCUUUAGGCUUACCUUUUGGUAAGGUAACCAACAUUCUCAUGCUGAAAGGAAAGAACCAGGCUUUUUUGGAAUUAGCAACAGAAGAAGCUGCGAUCACUAUGGUCAAUUAUUACUCUGCUGUGACACCUCACCUUCGUAAUCAGCCCAUUUAUAUCCAGUAUUCAAACCAUAAAGAGUUAAAGACCGACAAUACACUGAAUCAGCGAGCUCAAGCUGUUCUACAAGCAGUAACUGCAGUACAGACAACAAAUACUCCCAUAAGUGGAACCACAGUUAGCGAGAGUGCAGUAACACCAGCUCAGAGUCCUGUCCUUAGAAUAAUUAUCGAUAACAUGUAUUAUCCUGUAACUCUUGAUGUUCUCCACCAAAUAUUCUCUAAAUUUGGUGCAGUUUUGAAAAUAAUUACAUUCACAAAAAAUAAUCAAUUUCAAGCACUGUUACAGUAUGGUGAUCCAGUAAAUGCCCAACAAGCAAAGCUAGCGUUAGAUGGUCAGAAUAUUUAUAAUGCCUGUUGUACCUUACGGAUUGAUUUUUCCAAAUUGGUCAACUUGAAUGUAAAGUAUAAUAAUGAUAAAAGUAGGGAUUAUACUCGCCCUGACCUUCCCUCUGGUGAUGGCCAGCCAGCUUUGGAUCCUGCUAUUGCUGCUGCCUUUGCAAAGGAGACCUCUCUUCUAGGGCUUCCUGUUGCAGCUGUUCCAGGAGCGCUGAGUCCAUUGGGGAUUCCAAAUGCUGCUGCCGCCGCCGCCGCAGCUGCUGCUGGCCGUGUGGGUAUGCCUGGAGUUUCAGCUAGUGGCAACACAGUCCUUCUGGUUAGCAAUUUAAAUGAAGAGAUGGUUACGCCCCAAAGUCUGUUUACCCUCUUCGGUGUUUAUGGGGAUGUGCAGCGUGUGAAGAUUUUAUACAAUAAGAAAGACAGUGCUCUUAUACAGAUGGCUGAUGGAAACCAAUCACAGCUCGCCAUGAGCCAUCUGAACGGACAGAAAAUGUAUGGAAAGAUUAUUCGUGUGACUCUUUCCAAACACCAGACAGUUCAGCUACCUCGAGAAGGGCUUGAUGACCAAGGACUGACUAAAGACUUUGGCAAUUCACCUCUUCAUCGCUUCAAGAAGCCUGGGUCAAAAAACUUUCAGAAUAUUUUCCCUCCAUCUGCAACUCUUCAUUUAUCUAAUAUCCCACCAUCAGUAUCCGAAGAUGACCUACGCAUGCUGUUUGCUAAUACUGGGGGAACUGUGAAAGCAUUUAAAUUUUUUCAAAGAGAUCACAAGAUGGCUCUUCUUCAGAUGUCAACAGUAGAAGAAGCUAUCCAGGCUUUGAUUGAUCUGCAUAAUUACAAUCUUGGAGAAAAUCAUCAUCUGAGAGUUUCUUUUUCCAAAUCAACCAUUUGAAGUGCAAGAUCAAAAUAAUAAGGUUGUAUCACGUUGUUUAGUGUUGUCAUCUAUGACUGUUCGGGAAAGCGGGGACCAGAGAUGGACAUCUGUUUUUCAUGCUGUUACCAUUCCUUGAUUGUUUAUGUAUAAAUGAAAACAAAAAAGGAUUUACAAGGAAGAAGCAGUGGUAUUAUCUGCUGGUUUUACAUAUGUUUAUGAAAGGAUUUUGUUUAAAAAGGGAUUCUGAGGAAAUCCCAUAGUUUUUCAACUUAGUUAACAUACGUGCCUUAAAAAAGGAAAACCUAGAGUUGCUAGAAUUGCAUUUACUAGUUUAAAAAAUUGGUUGUCUGGGGCACAUUGUUACAUGGGAAUUAAUGGGUGCAAUCCAGUAAACAUUAGGUUUGCCUACAUCCCAUUGAAAUCUAUUGAUUUUUUAAAGCAUUGAUUUCAGAGGGACAUCGCUGCACCUAACUUUUGCAGGAUUAUGCCAAAUGUGUAUUAGGCAGGAGUGUGUAAAAAGGGUUAAGCUUUGUUUCUCCUGCUUGGAAUUUAUUGGCUUUCAUGAAUCUUUUUUUUUUUAAAUGAAAUAUGUUGCGUUACUUUAAGAGAGAGGCAACACAUUUGACUUGUGCUUCUCUCUUGUAUCUUUCUUUUUUAAUUAAGUAAAAUGGCCUUGUGUAUUCCAGAUUUAGUUUGGUCAAGGAUAUAGGCAUAAGUCAAGAGUUAACAAGAUGCAGAGAAAUAAUUUCUUUUAAAGACAGGAUUAUUAUUUUGUUUGGGGUUUGUUAGUUAGUUUGUUUUAUCCCACGGGCUUUGAGCCUCUGUGGGGAAAGCAUUGUUAAGUCUUAACCUUUUUUGUACACACACUCUGGGGGCGUAUCAUAUAAAUGUUGGCACUAAGUAAUGUCUUGUUUGUGGCUGAAUAUUUUUUGUAGAUGUUUUUUGAAGUUGACAUGACUUAUGUGCAUUUAAAUAUAUAUUGCCAUUUUUAGUUAGUAAUUACAAUUUGAAAUAUGGUUGUGGAUUUCUGAGCAUGUGCAGACCGGUCUAGCUAGUUCAGGAGUUGGUGCAUGUAUUUCAAGGAUGAAGAAAGUGUAUUGCAAACUUUUGCAGGAAGAUUAAUAAUUUUUGUGGCAGUUUUCUUAUAAAACAAAAACAAAA